AUGAUUGCUCAUCGUUUUGCUAAAGUUGUAGCUCGUGGGUUGGCAACUAAACAGGUUUCUGAACCUAAGUUCAGCAAGAGUGCUGCUUUUAUGGGAAGAGGCAGAACCGUACAAAGUUCUCAAUUCCAACUUGAUUAUUACGCUACUGACGAGUUCGCCAACAAAAAAAUAAUCUCGGCGCUCCUAAGUUUAACUGCACUGGUCGCAUAUUUCGGUUGGCUCAGAGAACCAUCAGACUUGGAUGAAGUGUGGAGUACUCCUCCGCAUAUUCUGACCGCUAAUUUGGAAAGGAAAAUGUUGAGGAAUCAAAUCAAAGAAGCAGAAGCUAAAGGGCAGAGUACGGAAUAUCUUCAAGCUCAGUUAGAGUAUGUAGAUGUCAAGGAAGAAGCUUUGAAAAUUCAGUUCCAAGAUAAAAGCAAAAAAGUUGGAUCUGUGUAA